GGCAUAUUUAAUAUAAGCUACAUUAUUUACGCUCAUAUAUAUGUUUUAAAUGCAAGGGUUUCCUAAGUUGUGAGCAAAAGUGAAAACAAGGGAUUCUUGAGGUAUUUUUUCUAAUGAAAACCAGAAGAAUGAUCAGAAUUAUUUUUCCAUACCUGCUUCUAUCCUGCUUUGGUUUCUCGACUUGUGACGUCUAUUCAGAGAUUAAAGAAUUGAAAAAUGGGCAAGAGGAAAUUAAAAAUAUGCUGAAAAAAGUCCUGUCAAGAUUACAAUCCAGCAACACGAGUGCGCAGACAUCUUCACAAGAAGCUGACAAAGGAUCAUCUUUGGUAAAAUCCAGAACAAAGGAAUGGUUCAGCUCUGGAGGUUCUGUUGUAUCUGCCAGUAAAACUACUCUAGGGGACAAUGUUCGAUUCCAGAUAGAAGUGUCUUUCGCCGAGCCUACGACGCCUUUCUGGGUAGUUGAUCAACGGCUCAUUGGAGCCGAUGAAAAGGACUUUGGUACAACUACAGAAACCUUAUCCAACACUACUCUAUUCACUCUGGAUGCCAAAAAGCCUGUAAGUUUUAUUAUGUUCGGUAUCCCUAGCAAAGACGAAAUGGUCACAAACAUUAGAUUCGACACAGAAGGAGAAGAUGGUACAAUUAAAUUUGACAACCCAAUUACCUGUCAGUCAUCAUUCUCUAAAAUUUCCGAUUUUGAAUACAAUUUCUUUUACCGUUGUAAUCCUGAACUUGAUCCCCGAAAUGACUGGUAUAUGGAAGUUGGAUUGUUUGCCAGCUUUAAAACUAAGAUGGCUGAAUAUAAGCAACUUGAAUCGAGGGAAAAUAAGUAUGUUAAUGUUACCUAUGAACGUAACUCAACAACAGAAGCAACAGUUGUUCUUUCAGAUGAAACGUUGGAGAAAGUAGGGGAUUUCCUAUUUCUACAGAGCUCUCUUACAAUUUCUUCACGUAGUGUAAUCAGGUUCAUUUUACACAGAAGUUUUUAUGAUAUAAGUAAAACUAAAACGGCGAACAAUUUCAAAUUUUUGGAACAAUUCCCACCGCCGCCGUAUUUGGAGGGAGAUAUGGUACCCGUUAAUUGCGAAGCAAUUGGAAGAUAUCCUCCACCCAUACAAGUAGAAAGAAACGGUGCUGAGAUAAGUUCAUCGCACAACGCUUAUAUUUUCAAAAAUACUACAAAGAUCUGGUCCUCUUCUUCUGUUACUUUUCUUCGUGCAUCAAAAGAAAUAGAGGGCAACUAUUCUUGUGUUAUAGAGAAGGAUGGCGAAAUACUUAUUUCUCCUCAGUCUGUUGAAGUAAAACUAAAACCAAGAUUGCGAUGGGAUCUGACCAAGAUACUGAAAAGCAAGCAAAAUCAGACUCGUGUACGUGUUGUUGUGGAAGGAGCAACUGGUGUUACAUUGAACUGCAGUGAUAACUCCUGGUCAUGGAAAGGGAAUCCUCCUGCUCACAAGGAAAAAAGAACAAAAAUAUCGGAGUGGAAUGAACGGUUAGAAGUUAAUUACACAUGGAGGAAAAUGAACAUUAUUCCGGAAGAAUUCAACUAUUCCUCGGAUUCUCCGUCUCUUUCUUGCAUCGCAAAAGACAAACACGGCGACUUGAAUUUCGAACACACUUUCUGGCAGUAAUGCAAAAAAAAAUCAUUUUGAAGUAUGAAUGUUUUGAUUUUUGUGGAUCCUCAUCUGUUUAACACCACAUCCUGAAUUGACUGUUGCAUACUGCAUCUAGAAUUUCUCCUUGUGCAGUAAAAAAAAUGAUAGAUGGCUGAUAGAGCAGUUGCUUGACUCGGAAACCAUCUGUUUGAACCAAACAUACAUGUACUGUUCGAUUAGUCUUUGUAUUUUUUAAUAAUUUACCUUUAUUUCAAAAACUGUAUAAAAUGGAUUAAAACCUUCCUUAAUUAAA